GAACCUGCAAAGGAAGGAGGAAGAAACCUGACAACUGCUCAGCCAGUCUCAAAGCUUUGGGGAGCAUGACAGUCCUGCCCCAUAGUUCAUAGUUCCAUGGGUUGCUGAGAAGCAGCUCCUUGCGACAAUGAGAACGAAGAAACGUCAACCGAGGAGCAGUUGGUCUUGGGUCUGGCGCUCCUGCGCGAGCAGCAAGGCUCCCGAAUCAGCAGGAGGUGAAGCCAGGCCCUGCCAUGGCCAUGUCGGCUGAGUAGAAGCAGUCAGACAGGUUUGCAGCUGAGCUGGUUUAGCCGGUGCUCCAGAGAUGGGAAACUACUUGCCUGCCCCAACGUACCCCGUCCGGAAGGGGCCCUUUCGCUGCUCUGAAUGCCAGGACGUCCUCACAAACUGGUACUAUGAAAAGGAUGGGAAGCUCUACUGCCAUAAAGACUACUGGAGGAAGUUUGGAGAAUUAUGCCAUGGCUGCUCUCUGCUGAUGACAGGGCCUGUGAUGGUGGCUGGUGAAUACAAGUACCACCCAGAAUGCUUUGCGUGUAUGAGCUGCAAGGUGAUAAUUGAAGAUGGUGAUACCUACGCGUUGGUGCAACACUCCGCCCUCUACUGUGGGAAAUGUCAUAACCAGAUUGUGCUGACGCCCAUGGUAGAAAGGCUUUCUACAGAGUCCCUGUGUGAACAGCUGCCCUACACACUGACUCUCCUCUCCAUGCCUGCAGCCACGGAUGGCAAGCGAGGGUUCACGGUGGCCGUUGAAAGUGGCCGUUCAACCUACGCCACUAGUGUCCAAGUGAAAGAAGUCAGCCGAAUGCACAUUAGUCCUGAUGUGCAAAAUGCCCUUCACCCUGGAGACAGGAUCCUGGAGAUAAACGGGACCCCAGUUCGCACACUACAAACGGAAGAGGUAGAGGACCUGAUCCGCAAGACGAGCCAGACUCUUCAGCUGCUGAUUGAGCAUGACCCUGUUUCUCAGCGCCUGGACCGGCUGCGCCUGGACUCCCGCUUGCCAGGGCGCGUGAAAAAGCCCUCCUCUCCCUGCCCCAUUUCUGCCCUGGACCUUAAGGAGAAUCUGGAAGGAACGCUGCGACGGCGCUCCCUCAGGCGAAGCAACAGCACUUCCAAGUCCCCCGGGCCCAGCUCCCCGAAGGAGCCGCUCAUCCUUGGCCGGGACAUCAGCCGUUCCGAAUCACUCCGCUCCUCGACCAGCUACUCCCAGCAGAUCUUCCGCCCCUGUGAUCUGAUCCAUGGGGAAGUAUUGGGGAAAGGAUUCUUUGGCCAAGCUAUCAAGGUGACUCACAAAGCAACAGGGAAGGUGAUGGUGAUGAAGGAGCUGAUCCGUUGCGAUGAAGAAACCCAGAAGACCUUUUUGACGGAGGUGAAGGUGAUGCGCAGCUUGGAUCAUCCCAACGUCCUGAAAUUCAUUGGCGUGCUGUACAAGGACAAGAGGCUGAAUCUCCUCACAGAGUACAUUGAAGGAGGGACUCUGAAGGACUUCCUCCGGAACGUGGAUCCGUUUCCCUGGGAGCAGAAGGUCAGCUUUGCCAAAGGCAUUGCAUCGGGAAUGGCGUAUCUGCACUCCAUGUGCAUCAUUCACCGAGACCUGAACUCCCACAACUGCCUGAUCAAACUGGACAAGACGGUGGUGGUGGCGGACUUUGGCUUGUCCCGGCUGAUUGUGGAGGAGAGGAGGAGGCCCCCUGGGGAAAAGGCGUCCGCCAAGAAGCGCACCUUGCGCAAGGGUGGCCGGAAGAAGCGCUACACGGUGGUCGGGAACCCCUACUGGAUGGCGCCGGAGAUGCUCAACGGACAGAGCUAUGACGAGACCGUGGACAUCUUUUCCUUUGGGAUUGUGCUUUGUGAGAUCAUAGGACAAGUGUAUGCGGAUCCGGACUGCCUGCCCCGCACCCUGGAUUUUGGCCUCAAUGUGAAGCUCUUCUGGGAGAAGUUUGUCCCCGUGGACUGCCCUCCAGCUUUCUUCCCCCUGGCCACCAUCUGCUGCAGGCUGGAGCCGGAGAGCAGACCCCCAUUUUCAAAACUGGAGGAUUCCUUUGAAGCGCUUUCCCUUUACCUGGGAGAACUGGGAAUCCCUCUUCCCUCAGAACUGGAGGAACUGGACCACGAUGUCGGCAUGCAGCACGGGCUGCUCCGGGACAAGCUAGCUGGCCGCCUCACUUAGUCCUGCAGGCAGGCGCUCUCCCUGGAUUACGAGGGA